AUCACGUCGGGUUGUGGUCGUGGACGGUUGUGGCCAUGGUUGGUGACCUGUCAAGACUUCAUGGAAGUUUAAUAAGAAUCAUUUAACUCUAGUGCCUGACAUCCGCAGUCUGCAUGAACAUAUUUCUAUUUUAAGUCUAAUCAUCUUUUUUGCACAAGGUGAUGUGGAGGACUGUUUUAAGGGGCAUUUCGGCUAAUCUGGUCCAAGGUAAACGCAACAUGUCUCAAAGCUGCCUUGCUGGAAAGGUUGCCAUAGUGACCGCCUCUACAGAUGGGAUUGGUCUCGCUGCGGCUGUGGCGCUGGGCCGGAGGGGGGCCCACGUGGUGGUGAGCAGCCGGCGCCAGGCCAACGUGGACCGGGCCGUGGCAACGCUGCAGGGCCAGGACAUCAAGGUCACCGGCACCACCUGCAACGUGGGCAAGAGCGAAGAUCGAGAGAAACUGGUCCAAAUGACGCUGGACCAAUGUGGGGGUAUAGAUAUCCUGGUGUCCAACGCAGCAGUCAACCCUUUCUUCGGGAAUAUCAUGGACUCCACAGAAGCGGUUUGGGACAAGAUCCUUGAUGUGAAUGUAAAGUCAGCGUUUCUAAUGACCAAGCUUGUGGUGCCGCACAUUGAGAAAAGAGGAGGGGGAAGCGUUGUGUUUGUGUCGUCGGUGGCUGGCUACCAACCGAUGCCGGCCUUGGGUCCCUACAGCGUUAGUAAGACGGCGUUGCUGGGCUUGACUAGGGCCCUGGCCCCUGAGCUGGCUCAGAGCAACAUCAGGGUCAACUGUGUGGCCCCUGGUGUUAUCAAGACUCAGUUUAGUAGUAUGCUAUGGAAGAACGAGGACGUUGCUGAAGAGUUCAUGAAGCAGACAUGUAUCAAAAGAGUCGGGGAGCCGGAGGAAAUCGGAGGUGUGAUCGCAUUUCUGUGCUCUAAAGACGCGUCGUACAUCACCGGGGAGACAAUCACCGUCACCGGGGGGAUGAACUGUCGACUGUAAACCAGCCAAUGCAACCGGCUCACACACUUUAAAUAGCGUGUGUCCACAAAUGCGGAUUAGCCAUCUAUUAAUUCCAUUCAUUGAUUUGUUAAAUUGUUUUUUUCCCUAAGAUGUAAAAGGUCAGCGAGUAUAGAUGCGUGUCUAUAUCUGUCAUGGUCUUUAAAGAGAUUUGAUCUUGUACGAUACAAUAGGGGAAAACGUGUUUAUGAAGUGGGAGUGAUCGUUGUGCCUUAUUUACAAAGCAUCAGAAGAAUAAAAACAAACUGGUGGAAACUGCCAUUUUUAAAAGUUCAACUUAUUUCCUCUGCCAUUUCAUUUAAUUGUUAGCCUGGGAACCAAACCCAUCUGCCAGUUAAUUUUUGUAUUUGCUCUGGCCUAUGUAUCUGACCCCCCCACCCCCUCUUAGCCGACCUGUCCUGGGUCGGGCAAAUCACAACUGUUUAUCUAAUAUUGGGUGGGUUCAUUUUGAUGACUGCACAGAGAAGCACCUUAUAAGAGCACAAAAUCAUCUUGGUUGUCCGAUAAAACAACCAAAGGCUGCCCCUGAUGUUGUGCGGUUAAUUGCUUGGAUUGGUGAUCGGUCUUACCAAUUGCGUUCAGAGGCAUUUCGGUCUGCGGCUGUUGAUAAUGCCACUUGGAAAUGCAAAAUGAACUGAGGUUCCAGACUAAUAAUCAAACUGACAGCCUGACAUCUGGCAAUGUCAGGCUCAUGUUACAUCAUAAUUUAACACAGGAGUUUAAAUCGAGUUGUGCUAAUAGUUUUGCUAGUAUUGUAAUAUUACAGUUGUAAGACAUUAACAACUUAAUACAUCUUUCCAGCUUAAAUAUUUUUUGGAUGAAUGAGAAAUCUGUUGGAAAACCAUGUUGGAUAUUGACAAAGCAAACCAUACACAAUUAGGCGAAUCAAGCAAGGUUAUUAACUUAUUAAAAAUACAAUCCAGACAUCAGACUUAUUGUAGUUUGGACGGCAAAAAACGGCAAAAAGUAUUUAAAUCAAAUUAUAAUACAUUAUUCCUAUCUACAUAAGGACAUUCAAUCCAUUUAAAUGCUCUGGUUGAAAUACAUUAUAAUUUUAUUGAUAUAUACAUAUGUAGUUUGGAUAACAUUUUUUAAGUAAGAAGCCAACAUAAAAUGCGUCCCAUUCCAUGAUCAUGUAGCUUAUGUUAAAAAGGCGUAAACAUAAUUUAAUAAGUGACAUCACACACACAUGACAGUGAACAUGCAUCUACGCCAUCUCUUCCAUCAGCCGGGGGAGAGCAAGUUAGGCCUGGCCAUCCAAGGUUUACAGAAUUCACGCAGAGUUGGAACAUAGGUGUCGUGUUUGGUCUUGUAGUAACGCUUCACAAACAGCUGGGACACAAAAACACAAACACACUAUAUUAUAAUCUUUCAGCAUCAAUCAAAUGAUAGGGACACAACAAUAUAGUUUUUCAUCCAUUCAAUACACAAUGCAUGUCUCUGGAUGUGCAUGUUUUUUUUCAUGUCUCACAAUGCACCACUACUGGUCAGAGCUAAGCAGAGAAAUUAUUCCCUUCUUACCAGACAGGUUUCUUUUGUACAUACCAUCCCCUUAAAGUUCUUUGUGGCCUCAUCCUCAGAAUCUCCUAUGACGUCGUCGCUUUCUCCGGGUGUGUGAUGUGACUCUACACAUCAAAAUUGACACAUAAUCCGCAGUUAUGUCUACAUGGCAUCAACCCAUUGUUGCAAAAGUCCCUAUACAAAGUUAUCAUACCAACUUAAAAAUGCAGGAAUUUUAUAUCACCUGUAAUUGUUGGAGGGCUGGAUAUACCUGGAUAUACAUGACAAUUCCUGUAAAAAAAUAAAUGGAAACAAUACAUGAAGAAUGAGUCAAUGAAAGUUGUUCCCAGAAAGAUUUGUUCUGAAAAAAAUAAUGUUUAUUUUUCACCUAGGAUUGCAAAGUUAAAAAACACUAUGCUUAGAAGGCUAUGGGAAGUAGUAGUCUUGCUACUAAGCUGCAAUUUAACGGUACUUAUUACUACAAAUUUGAAUAUGUUAUUAGCUGUAUCAUAUGGAAAUGGAAAUAAAGGAUAACUUCCUGG